AUGUUGACCUUUACAUUUGUUCUGUGGGACUUUGGACAAUUCUUAUAUACAUAUGGCUUCAUUUUCAUCAUUAUCUUAAUUAUCUGGCAGAUUAGACGGAGUUACUGUGGAUUGAAGCUCGAGCCUACAAGAAGCUGCUGCCGGCGUCACCGAAAAGUCAGGCAAAGGGCUAGAGAUGCAGCAUCAAGAGCUCGAAGAUUUUGCCAAGAAGAAGCUGAGAAGCCGCGGAAGCUGCUCUCUGUCAUGAAAAGCCACAGCUGGCUUCCCCAGAAGGAAAGCGUGCGGCAGCUUCUGUGUGCAGAUCCCUACUGCCAAAUCUGCAAUGGUGUGGCUCUGGAGAUUCAGCAAUUGCUGGAGGACGAAAACAACCAGAUCUCCCCUACAUUUCUGGGGCCAUCACAGGGCUCUUCCUGCUUAGAGACGUUGUCCGUGUCAAGUAUGUCUUUUGAGCAGAAUCUGGAGCUCCAUUCCCAGCACUCCAGAGACCUUUCAGGGACAUCUGUCACCCCAGCACUAACAACUGAAGAAAUCAGCAUUCAAGAAUACUGGACUGAUCGCCUCCCGCUAGGACAGGAAUUUCAACUGGUAGAGAUGCCUGUAGGUCCACAGACUAUGGUUUCUUCAAGGCUUGAGUUGUUUGUGGUUCCAGGGAAUGAGCAGGAGAUGAGACAGAACAACCCCAAUUUUGUCCAGGGGAACCAAGGCCAGCAGUCCUUGAAUACUCAGGUCACUUUUAUGCCCCUAACCCAAGAGCUCACAACCUUGGCACAACCUUUGGCCUUGCAUAUAGUCCCCUAUGCACACCUGCCAUUCUUUAGUCCUGAAGUCCUGAGGCUUCUUGAAGUACAUGUAAAAAAAUGGAUGCAUUUCCAGAGGUGGGGGCUCCCCAGGCGAGUGGAGGAAUCCCUGAGGCAGCUUAUGCCAAACCCACCGAUGUAUUGCGAGUCUGAAAAUAACCAACCAGUUUCUUUAAUCCAAAAUAAUACUUCUCAGAUCUGUGUCCAUAGAUUUGGGACUAUUUCUCACCAGACCUGGUGCUCAUAUGUGGCUGGCCAACCCACUCAGACCUUCUGGGUUUCUGAAUGGUCCCUUAUAGAUUCAGAACAAAGACACCACUGCCAGAAAAUCCCAAAACCUGUGGCUUUAGCCUUGCCAUCUCCAGCCCUUAAAGACCUAAAUGACCUCUAUUCACUGCCAAGUGGUCAGGCAAAUAACUCACAGAGCAAAUAUAACCAGCUCUUCUGUGGCCUCCCUACUCUGCAUAGUGAAUCCCUGGUGGCCACUUUCUUGGACUCUAAAGGCCUCUCCAGGAACAAGAGUAUGCCCAGGUCCCCCUUGAAUGGUUCUCUUCUCUUCAAUGAGCUCUAUCCCCUGCUGUCCAAAACUCCACCUGAGUCAGCCCCAACCUCAGCCGCAGGCUCACACCCAACCCCCCUAAAUUGCAUGUCUCCCUCUAAGAAUCAAGUCAGUGUCCCAUUUCUGACUACAGCUGAGUGUGAAGCCUUGGAAUGGCACUUGCUGCAGAGGCAACUCCAGCUUCAGUGGGACCUGCCAGCAGUCUUCCAGAGAUCUCAGCAUGCUCCAGGUCCCAAGCAGUAUGAAACAUGUGACAAAAUCCAACCUUCUGAGACCAUGAAGACCUCCUGGCCAGGAAAGUCCUUCUCAGUCCUCACCAGGGAACUGCUCUUCUUCCCAGAGCAUGCCCGCAGGCUGCUGGAAUUCCAUCUCCAGAAGCAGUUGAUUCACCAUCGCUGGGGCCUGCCCCCAAAGAUUCAGCAGUCCAUCCAGUUGCUCCUUUCCUCCGCUGACCAGCAGACCCUGACCUGGAGCAGUACAGCCCUACCCAGGGUGAGCAUGCCCCCGCUUGCAACCCUAGACGACAGUGAAGCUGGUGUCCUAUUCUCACCCAUGGUAGCCCAAAUGCCCACCCCCAUGCCACACUUGUUUGCCCAAGCCAAGGAAAUAUUGCAGAGCCACAUCGACUCCAAAUGUGGACAGAUCCACCAGGGCCAGGUCCCUGCCUGUGUAUUCAGCUCCUGGGAAUGCAGAAUUCCUGGAGGCCUGGCAGUGGCUCCCUUCCCUUGCAUUCCACAAAGCCAGCACCCGGAACUGCAGGCAGCAAGUGAACCUGACCCUCAGCCCAAAGUUAUGCCCUGGAUGCCAGUGGCCCUUGAUCAGCAGCAGCAGCAGGCCUUACCAAGUGCUGACACUGAACACCCUAAGCUGCCCCGAGUCCUGUCUGAUACAGCCAUUGAGAAACUGGAAACCAUGCUGCGGCACAAGUAUCUGGUCUUCCUGUCAGGCCUGCCUGCUCUGUACUGUGUGGCCCUCUCUAGGGCCAUGGCUCCGGCAAUCUGUAGUCAACCUGUAAUCACAGAGAUGGUGUCUGGGCCUGUGGAAAUCCCAGAGGAGCCUCCGACUCCUCCACUGACUCAGAUGAUCUCAUCUGAAGACCCCUGCAGGAGGCUUGAACCACGCUUUCAAGAUGACAAUGAGACUUGGGCAGACAACACAGAGGAGUUCCAGCCUGAAGUUCGGGUAGAAGAAAUGACAGAGAUGGUGACUCCAAGGAGCCAGACUCUUCCUACUAUCCCUUCCUCAUCCAAGACACACAUCCUGGCCAAACUAAAUUUUCACCUGAGAAAAAAGGUCAUAGAGAUACACCUGGGAAUUUCCAUAAGGAUAAGGGAGAACAGGGAACCAACUGAAGGAUUCACAGAGAACAAAUCCACACAGGAGUCUCUUGGGAGUCUAAGCACCCCAGAAAGCACAGUAGUCCAGGAACUGUCCAUCACACCAGAGUCUCCUCUUGCCCCAGACUCAGAAUGGAUCCCCCUUAAAAAACAGCUGGCCACUGAGUUGAAGGCAGUACAGCACAACCUAAAGUCACUUAGUUCCAAACCAGUGCCCCAUGGAUCACCCGACUGGGCUUCCAAGAUUUCACAACUCAAUGCGAACAUGACCGAGGCCCAGAUACUUUGCGUUCAGGUGGAGGCCAGUGUGAACAACCCCAUCCUGGAGGAACCCUGGAGCCCUGAGCCCCCAAAUCCUGACAAGAUCAAGGACUCAGCCCAAGUCCUGGCACUGGCAGAAAACAAAGAGGACCCAGGGAAACCCAAGGCAGCAGGGGACCUUGGAGAAGGGGAUGCAGGGCUUGGGAUCUCCUCAGUCAGUGAAGAAAGACACCCUGCUGAAGAUCAGAGGCCAGAAAGGAUGAACAGGACAUCCCAAGGCUCCUGGCGAUGGAACCAGAGCUUUCUUCUUGAGGAUCCCUGUCCACCUAGCCACCAGCAUCACCCUCAGCUGCAGUCCCCAGAGCCACCCCCAGUAGUUCCUGGGGGGAAAGAAUCUGAGCCUGACAGGCAAGACAGUCCAAGCAAGCCACAUGUCAUCCCUGAGCCCACAAGGAACCCUAAGAAUGCCCAGCCCGUGGUGCCUUGCGUUUCCCAGGACAAGUCUUUCCUCCCCCAGAAAAUUCAGGGUAAACCUUUGCAGGGCCAAACUCUGCACAGUCAGGUCUUGCAGGGGAAGGCAAUGCCAGCCCAUUCUCACAAGAAGCCCAUCGUUCCAGAGACUGGCUUGAGAAAUAAAAUAAAAUCCUUUCUGCACUGCAUUACCCCUGAGAAGAAAGGCAAAGGGCACGUAGAGUCUAUGUUCUCCAAAGCUGGGAAAGUGUCCAAAACCAGAAAAGAAAAUGUUGAAAAGAGCCUCAUUCCAGCCAAAAGCCCCAUGGGGAGAACUAAGACAGAGAAGCCAAGUGGGCACCCCAAGGACCGUUCAGCCUCCCCUGAGAAGCCAAUGGGCCUGGCCUUCUUAGAUGCCAAGGCCCUUUCAGCCUCCCCUAAGAAGCCAGCAGGCCUGACCUUCUUAGAUACCAAGACCCGUUCAGCCUCCCCUGAGAAGCCAAUAGGCCCAGCUGCCUUAAAUGGUCCCCAUUCCCCAGACAGUAAGCUCCGGCUACGCUCCCGACAGCAUGGCUCUGCCUCAACCCUGGGCCAUCCCCGCCACUGCCCUCGGCACUGUCCUCGAGUGGCUUGUGCCUCCCAUCCAGGGAGCCUCCCCUAGCUCCCAGCCCUCAGCUCUGAAACAUCGUCCUGCUCCAGAGAACUCCCAAAGCAAUGAGGAAGUGUUUCGAGGCUCCCCAACCUGGGCAUUCCUUGAAGAGCGCUAUUUUCAUUUCCAUUGAUGAACAGGUGUAGCAGAGCACCACCU